UCUUCCCUUUAUCAUCCCUUUCCAUUAAGGAACUUCAAGAUAUCGCUUCAGGUUCCGUAGAGAAUUUAAUGAAAAAGAAAUUCCUGUCCGUUGUAUUAGAACCUGAAUGCAUUAUUGAAAGUGGAAUAUAGCGUGAUUUCUGAUAUCUAGUGCGAAUCCUCGCCAUUCUUCAUGCGUUUCAUCCUGUUUAGAUCACUGGCUUGAAUGAAAUCUCGAUUUCCCGUUACAUGGAGCCUGAUUCAUGCACAAGUCACGCCGACCGGCGUGGAAAGAGAACGUAUUCUUACCUAGCCACCUCUAUCCACUGAAUUUCCGACCAUUCCAUGGAUGCUGGAUGCUUUGUGGAUACGCCCAAAAGACGUUCCAUCAAGAAUCACAAGUAAAGCCAACAUCGGUGUCAAGAAACCCGCUUAUCCGACCACGAGAGCAAACGGUGGUCAGUGUAAGUCGAAGGAGCAGAGACGAGAAAUGACGGUACUGUUCGUUGCACGAAGACGUGUCGAAAAUUUCACCAGGCCGACAAUGGUCGAUUUCACAGACAGCAAGAGCGUGUCAGAGGCUGAAUCGUGCAAGUUAAUCAUACGCGACGCAAGUAGGCCGACCUGCGCAAAAACAAACGAUUUGCGCACACGGCAGCGAGAUACAUAUAAUUGGCCGGCGUAUUGCUAG